CAUCUCUAUGUAUAACUCACUGUCGUCGUCAGACCUCUUAAUCUUCCUGAUGAUGCCUCCAUCACCUCCUCCACUACGCAGCAUGAUGUGGGUGAACGAUCACGACUCAGCUGUUAAAUGUUAAGUGAUUUAGGUACAUACACGCAGAUUGUGAUUCACUUCGACAAGGAGGAGCCUGUUGACCAUACGAGAUGUAAACGCGCUCAGAAGAGGACGACAACAUGGAGCGGAUGGAGUCGAUGGAGCCGAUCUCGGCUUAUUACACCACGGCUUACCCGGAGAUCCAGCCCGACAGCGGCUGCAGGUCCGGAGAGGCCACAGCCAGCCAGCCCAGGACUCCCCCAGCCCUGACGUACGACGAAGAACUAGUGCACAAGACGAUCCUGGUUGGAGACAGUGGAGUAGGAAAGACAUCUCUGUUGGUGCAGUUUGAUCAGGGCAAGUUUAUCCCUGGCUCCUUCUCUGCAACAGUGGGUAUUGGUUUCACGAAUAAAGUAGUUACUGUGGACGGCGUUAAUGUGAAGCUGCAGAUAUGGGACACAGCAGGACAGGAAAGGUUCAGGAGUGUGACACAUGCAUAUUACAGAGAUGCACACGCUUUGUUCCUCCUAUAUGACAUCACCAGCAAAUCUUCAUUUGACAACAUUAGGGCAUGGCUAACAGAGAUCCAUGAGUAUGCACAGAGCCAUGUAGUCAUCAUGUUGCUUGGCAACAAGGCCGACAUGAGCAGUGACAGAGCGAUCCAGAGAGAUGAAGGAGAGAGGCUGGCCAGAGAGUAUUCAGUUCCCUUCAUGGAGACAAGCGCCAAGACUGGAGUCAAUGUAGAGCUGGCUUUCACUGCUGUGGCCAAGUAUGAAGCAGUCUAUACAAAAUUUUACUGUAAAAAACAAGUGAAAUAGAGAAGCAGCAGCAAGGGAGCUAAAGCAUCGGGUUGUCCAGCACACCAACGCACCCAAGUUCCAGAUCCAUGAAUACAUUGAGGCACAAAAAGAGAAGUCAGGCUGCUGCAGCUACUUCUAAAGUCACUGCCAUACAUGAGCACACUGCCAGGGACACACCAAGAUGUGCUUAGUGGGAAGUCCCACACCUCCAUUCUGCUCCCAAUCCUUCUAAGCUGACCUAUAUCACUAGAAUUAUUUAAGUUUUAUAUACAUAAAUUUAGCUAUUUGCUGGUUACCUUAUUGUUACAGUAGAUGAGAAGAUCAGCAACAGCCUACACUGUAUGUGUUAUGUGCAGAGGUGAAGUACUAAUUAAGCAUAGGCAAACAUUACUGUCUGUACCAAAGUGCCAAUUACAGUUUUUAUCGUUCACUUUGACUAACCGUCCAAUGAAACUCAAAACAGUUAAUAUACAGUACAGGCCUGAACAGCUUCAAAAAGCUUGCGAACAAGUAUAUGAACACAUCCAAUCUGUCAGUGGAUAGUAAAAUACAAAACACUGAUCGCAGUGUGAAUCAGUGCAUCAUUGAUUGUCAUGGAAGCCUGUUGCUAUUUGUUGACUUUGCAGUCUACGUCAAAUGUACUAUUUAUGCAAAGAAUUCGAUCCAGAUGAAGAAAUUCUUUGAUACAGUAUUUAUUGAAUCUGUUACAUUGAUUUUUUUUUUUCAAACUGGGAGCUGAAAUAUUGUAAAUAUUACAGAUACUAUUUGUAAACCAAAAUACAGUUGAACCUAUUGGAGGAUAAGACACAUCCACUAUUGAUGCUCAGUCUCUGCCUUAGACCUCCUCCAUCCGUGCUGGUAAAGAUCAACACAGACCUGGCACCUUUAAGGCCUGAAGACUGAUUGCAAAUUGAAGAUUUGUGUCAAACAGGUGCUAAUGUGAUUUCUUACUGGUCUUGCUAGUUUCCAAUAGUUAGAAAUAGAUGGUUUCUGUUUGGUCACCAAAGCUAAAACAAUGGAGCUUGUACUGUUUGAAUGACAUCAGUGUUAACUGUUUUGCAAAGGUUUGUGUCGAACCAAUGAGAAUGGGUUUACACACUUGCAAGACUUGUAUAGGUACUGUGCUCUGCUGGAAUAGUGAUGACGUGAGUGAAACCCAAUUUCUUAAAACAGGUCAAAGUGAUCACUAAAAACUGUAAGAAUUAGAUCCCAUGUGUAGGAAACAUGCUGCUUAUUGCAAGGUGUAUUUAUUUAUAUAUUUUAUUAAUAUCACAUUUAGUACUACUGACAUGAGGGAAUGAGAAUGAACUGAGAAAAGAACUGUGAAGAAAGCAGUGAAGAUGAUGCUUUAAAUUAAAAAAAACAUUAGUGCCCAUGGACAAAAUACAGCGUUGUGAGCAUCAUUAAUAAGUUAUACAUCACAUCUUAACUCUUCCUACUACAGCUUUAUUUCUUUGACAUAUUUGCAUGUUCAAACUUUGACACGGUUAUAUUUCCAAAUUAACCAAUAUUUCCAAAUUAACCAAUAAUACACUUUUUUUAAACUGGUAAUUCAGUAUAUGGCAUACGUACAUAUAGAGUCAAUAAAGUUCUUAGGACCCAAUUUGAGUGUUACUUUAAUGAACUUAACGAGACACCAUAAUAGAGAAACAAAAAACACUCCUAUCAAAAAUAAGGCAGGGGACACGGGGAUUAACAGGGUGAGCUAUUCAAUUCAAUUUAAUUCAAUUUAUUUUCAUUUCUAUUUCUUUUAUUUCUAUUUCUAUUUUUCUAGGUUAUCUCAAGGCACUUACAAGGUAAGGUUUAAAACCUCACACAACUAAACCCAACAAAUCCCACAUAAAGCAAGCAUUUAAUUUGACAGCAACAGUGGAGAGGAAAAACUCCCUCUCUAACGAGGAAGAAACCUCCAGCAGAACCAGACUGGAUGUGGGCGGCCAUCUGCCUCGACCGGUUGGGGUGAGAGGAUAGAGAGAGAAAAGCACAGCAACAACAACAAGCAACAACAGAAUGGAUGGCAGGAUGGUUGGACCAGGGACUGGAUACAGGCAGGAUGGUUGGAUCCGCAGCUGCCCAUCACAGACACCAAACUUUAAGUCCUAUGAUAUCUGUAGGUGAGGACAGAGAGGGAGAGAGAGUGUGGGGGGGAGAGAGAGAGAGAGAGAGGGAGAGAAGCACAACUACUGGAGAGAAAGAGACAAGGUUAGUUAAACAUGGGACAAUGAUGGGAGGUUAUUGGACAGAGGAGGUAGAAGGAAACAGAGGAGCUCAGUGUAUACAUUAAUUCCCCCAGCAGUCUAUGUCUAUUGCAGUUUAACUAAGAGAUGGUUCCUGUGACUAACAAUAAUUGCCAGUGACCUGAACCAUCUCUAACUAUAAGCUUUAUCAAAAAGGAAGGUUUUAAGCCUAAUUUUAAAGGUGAAGAGUGUGUCUGCUUCUCGAACCUGAAGAGGGAGCUGGUUCCAGAGGAGAGGAGCUUGGUAGCUAAAAGCUCUGCCUCCCGUUCUACAUUUAAACACUCUAGGAACCACAAGUAGCCCAGCGCUCUGAGAACGAAGUGUUCUGCUGGGAGCAUAAGGAAAUAUGAGGUCUUUAAGAUAAGAAGGAGCUUUAUCAUUGAGCACUUUGUAGGUGAGUAGGAGAAUUUUAAAUUCUAUCCUACAUUUUACAGGCAGCCAGUGCAGAGAAGCUAAUGUAGGAGAAAUGUGAUCUCUCUUUCUAAGUCCUGUCAGAACUCUGGCUGCAGCAUUUUAAAUCAGCUGUAGGCUUUUUAAGGAGCUGUUAGGACAUCCUAUGAGUAAGGAGUUACAGUAGUCCAGCCUAGAGGUAACAAAUGCAUGGAUCAGUUUCUCUGCAUCGCUCUGAGAGAGGAUGCUUCUGAUUUUAACUAUAUUUCUAAGAUGGAAGAUUCUGGAGAUUUGUUUAAUGUAUGAUGUAAAAGAGAGAUCCUGGUCAAAGAUGACACCAAGGUUCCUCACAGUAGAAUCUGAAGCUAAUGUUAUGCCAUCCAGGGAGACUAUCUGACUCAAUAGUGUCUCUCUCAGAUUUUUAGGCCCAACAAUAAGAAUCUCGGUUUUAUCUGAGUUUAGUUGAAGGAAGUUUUGUGACACCAAGGAUUUGAUGUCUUUUAAACAACCCUGAAUAAAUGUGAUCUCUCUUUCUAAAUUCCA